AGUCCCUUUAAUAUUAUACUCUUUCUAAUAAACCAUUUUCUUUAGUUUGAAACUCAACGUCAAAUUCUUUCCAUUUUGCCUGAUGUCGUGCACACUUCUUGCUUAACAUAAAACUUUCAUUAAAUUUACAAUAUUGUAGGCUGAUAAAAUUAAUCAGACUUUAGCAGGAAAAACUGUCAUGUAUGGAUCCAAGGACACUUUUCUUCAAUUUGCAAACACGUAUAUUGACACUUCUGCUUUGAAACAACCUGCUUUUUACUUCAGUAAGGAGAGAGUAGCAGCUUACUAUGUUGGAUGGAUUGUUCAGAAAGACUCGAAAUGGCUGAAACCUUUAGAUCAUCAUAUUUUGCUUUGUGAUCAGGCCGGGUUUAAUGUAAAAAUAAGAAGAUUUCUGCAAGUAGAUAGAACUGCAAAUGAUGGAUCUGAAAUGGAGAAAAUGAAUGUUGAACAUGUAGCGGUUGGAUUCUUUAUUCUUGGAAUUGGAUAUGUUGUUUCAGCACUAGGGAUGAAUAUUUAAAAUUGAAAUUUAUUUUGAAAGUAAAGGUUUAGGGGUGACCUUACAUCAUUGCAUCACCAUUUUUUGGU